AUGGGGACCCGGGAGUCGUCCCCUGACACUGGCACAAUUAUCCGCCACAUACUUGACUGUUAUGUUGACACUGGAGAAUACAACUCCAAGCUCAAGUUGGACAACAAAUAUGAGCACUGGUUCAAGAUAUACACAGAUUGGAUUAAUGGCUGGGUUUCAGAAUUUGGUGAUUCUGCUUGGGAAAAAGUCGCCGAAAAAUUUGUAUCAGAUGUCCUUGAUGAGUAUCGUGAAGAUGGAUCACACAAUGUGCCAUUGCUGAUACUUGAUACUGAUGGUGACAUCGAUGAUUUGUGA